AUGCAGCUAACAGCCGAAGCCGAGGAACAACAGCAGCGCUGGGCAGGCGCAGAGCUGCUGGUGUGUGCCGUGAUUCAGCUGCUAUUAGUGAACGUAGCGUACCGUAUUGAUCGCAUGAAAGAGGCACCAUUACUGUCCACGUCGUCCUGGGCCAUUUUCUGUGGUCUCCUGGCUGGUGCCUUACUCACUCUUGUGUCGGAAAUGCAUGUCCAAGAUGCAAAAUUGGACCCGAAGAUUCUGUUUUUAGGGCUAUUGCCUCCCAUUAUCCUCGAAGCGGGUUUCAACACGCAGCGCAAAGGUUUCUUUAGCAAUUUUUCUGCAAUUUUAUUGCUGGCAAUUAUUGGCACUUUAGUGGCAACUCUUGCUACUGGUGGGAUCCUCAUCUGGCUCGGUAAUAUGGGUGUCAUUACACAAUUGACAUCGGCCGAAGCUUUUCUCUUUGGAUCUCUCAUCUCCGCCAUCGAUCCAGUGGCUACGUUGAUCGUGUUCAAAAAGUGCAGAGCACCAUCAUUGCUGUUUAAUCUCGUGUUUGGAGAGAGCGUGCUCAAUGAUGCAGUGGCUAUCGUCAUUUUUACAUUAUUCCAAAAGUUUGUCGAAAGUGGCAAUUCGGACGUCAACGUGCAUGUAGCCAUUGUCAUGGUAUUCAGACUGCUGAGUAUUGGUGUCGGAUCGGUCGCUCUAGCUGGAGCCAUAUGCUACUCGUCUGCCUUCUUUUUACGCCACUCAGAUCCAGCGCUGCGUCAACAUGCAACCUACGAGAUUUCAAUAAUUUUACUGACCUGCUACGCAAGUUAUUUAGCGGCUGAUAUCUUUAAACUUAGUGGACUGUUGGCAGUGUUCUUUAGUGGUGUUUUCAUCCGGCACUACCACGUGCACAACAUUUCAAAAGCCAGUGCGUUUGCGUUCAAGCAGUUACUCUCGACAAUGGCAUUUUUGGCCGAGAACUUUAUCUACUUGUAUCUUGGAUUGAGUGUUUUUGCGUACCGAGGCUCGCUUGUCUGGGACUGGAGCUUUAUUUUUGCAAACUUUGGUGCGUGUCUUGUGGCAAGAGCACUUAAUACGUUCCCGUUGUGUUUCCUGGCCAACUGCAAACGUUCGGAGCAACAAAAAAUCCCGUUUAAGUACAUGAUCGUGAUUUGGUUCUCGGGACUGCGUGGCGCAAUCGCGUUCGCGCUGGCGCUUAAUGUGUCGACGGCCAACCCUGUCCAUGCAGCAAUUCUCAAGAGCUCAACACUUUUUCUGGUGUUGUUUACGACUGUCUUCUUCGGCAUGGCGACGGGGCCACUUCUUCGUGUCCUGGGGCUUACGAAAAUUCCUCGGCCUACACAGGGAGCGACUAUUCGUGAAGACAACCACACCGUUGAGAAUACCGAAAAACAACCGCUUGUGAGUGCACCGCUCUCUCCGCCGGGCUCCCGAAGUGUGCAUAGCAGAUGGAUAGAGCUGGACGAGAAGUACCUCAAACCUGUUUUCGGUGGUAACCCUCGUCUAAGAAACGACACCGCCCAAUUGGCGUACUCGUCGAUCGAGCAUGAGUCGAGUGCAUUUUGA